AUGGGCUAUUGGUCGGAAUUAAAAGCCUGGCUGUUAAAGGACCCGGCAAAACUUAUUCGUUAUUUAGUUUUAUUCAUCUGUUGUGUUAUUGUCAUUGUGCAGUUAUAUGAAUGUUUUUCAAAAUUGGAUAAUCCGCCAAUAUCCACACAUUCUUAUUACAAUUUAAAUGAAACCAUUGAAAUGCCAGCCAUAACAGUAUGUCGAGAUCCCCCCUAUAAAACGAAAGAACUAAAAAAAAUAUCCGGUAAUGACUGUUUACAUCCAAAAUAUAGCAGUUGUUGGUCUGAUUAUCCCUAUGACGAUGUUGAAUUAUUGGAGUUUUUUACAAAUUCAACUUUUAAUGAAACUGAAACAUUUUCCAAAUGCCAAUAUGGAUUAAAUGGAUUCGAAGAAAAUGUGGAAAUCACCAGUAGUUUACAUUUUUAUAUGGGACGUUGUCAUACGAUACGACCAAAAAUAUCACUUAAACGAGCAAGUAAAUCGACUGGCUAUUCGAUCAUGUUGAAACAUCAUCUUACUAAGGAAGAAAUUAAAACGGGCUUCUUUGAAAAUCCGCCAGGUUGGCAUUUAUAUAUACAUGAUAUGAGAGAAAAUUUUACGGAGAUAAAUAUGAAAGCUUCGGGACGUGUGGAAUACGUAUUUGCCGAUAUAAAUGAGAAUAUCGAAAUUAAAUUACAGAGUCAGUAUUUUUCAAAUAUUGAAACGAAACAAAAUUAUUGUAACCGAAAAGAGGGCUACAGUGAUUUAAAGUGUGGUGAAAUUUGUAUUUGGCAUGAAUUGGGUAGAAAAUCAAAUUGUUCGGGACCCUGGAUGCCUGAUGCUCAUUGGCCUCACUGUUCGACUUACAAAUCAAUGAUGAAACUUAUAGGCGAAUAUGGAAAAUUUUAUAACAGCGAUGAUGAUCGUGUCGACUGUAAUUGUGCGCAACCCUGUGAAUCGAGAAUAUUUUCCGCCUACAUUCAAAAUCGUAGAACUUUUGAUUAUGCCGAACCCAAUACUCAAGUCUAUAUUUAUUAUACCACAAAAUUAAUAUCCAUGAUCGAAGAGCGACCAAGUUACGAUACAACACAAUUUAUAGCCGAUGUCGGUGGUUCUUUGGGUUUUCUUUUGGGUCUUUCUGUAUUGGGUUUAAUUGGCAUUUUAGAACAUAUAACUCUCUUGUUAUGCGGUGGGGUAAUUAAGAAAAUGCAGCAUAAAAAUGAAAAACAUCUUAACGCCAAUGAAGAAUUGGAUAAAGAUUCGGAAACUACAGUUGAUAUCGCUACUAUUUAUAAAGCUAAAUAUUAAAAGAAUA